AUGAGGCGCAGUUAUUGUCACAGUGCAAAGGGUUCUAGAUCCAACCUCCAGGCUGCUAUCAAGUCCCCUCCAUCGCGGUCUUCUUCCCAGACCCCCACCCGAAUCCCCCUCCAAGCGGCGCUCAAGGCCAUCCAGUCCCACCAGCCUCACCGUCCGAUCGAACUCGCCUUCCAGAUCGGAGAAAUCUUUCAAGUCAAAGGAGAAUCGGUUGAGUCAGACGGCUCGGUCUGGCUGGAUGUGAUGAGCCCAGUCAGCGGCUUGAGAGGCAUCGUUCCCCUCCACAAGUUCCGAAUAAUCAGUCUCCCAAACCAAUCCGCCCAUGACCACCAACCCAGCCAACCCCAGCUCCACCAACAGCUCCAUCCCCCCACUCACCCUUCAUCUGACGACAAGUUCCUUCACUCCCGCUCACUCCAGCGGAUCCGCAAACGUCUUUCCAGCCACUCCACUAGCAACAACCAACCCUUGAAAUCGCCCCCGGCAGCUGCCGGGGAGAAAGCUCCUGGGAGUGGCACCCAACCGGAAGCCUUCCCAUUCCCGCCGGUUGAUCUCUACCAGCCUCCUUCCGAGCCGCCUGAAUCUCCUGUCGGCGCAACUCGACCCAGGAAUCGCCGAUCCAUAACCGUGGGGUCUACCAAGCCCCCAAAUCCUUCGGGAUCCAGUUCAAAUCCACGAAAGCGUUUCCUCUCUCAGUCUGCUCAAGCAAAUAAUGUGCCCCCAUCCGCGCAGAAGUCGCCCGUUGAGCCAAACUCUCCAGCGCAGUCGAAGCCGGCUCAGCUCCUAUAUGGUGUUGUCAAGCACGCUUUCCAAUCGGAAUCGGAAUAUGAACUAAAUGCCCAGGCUGGAGAGCCAAUCAUUAUUAACGCAUAUAGUGACCUUGGAUGGUUUGUUUGUAAACCAAUCAGUAGGCUAGGCGGUCAUGGUUUACUCCCAGUCAGUCACGUACAAAUAUGCGAUAUGAGUACAGGAAUGGAGCUCUCACCUGCCAACCUCGAUCAAUUCGCCCGUUCCUCUGGCUUGCCGCGUGUGAAUGAGUGGGAAGAGGCCACUGCCGCCUACCUCUGCCGCAGGAUCCCACUCGGUUCAUUCGAGACCCCCGUCGUGCCGUCACCACCAUCAUCAGACGCCCUGCCUACUGUGACUCUAUCGGAGCCGCCUAAGCCACUCUAUGCCGAAUGCCCACCAACCGUGCCAUCCGCGAAGAAAGUCAUGGCUUCCUCUGAGCUUGUUCGCGAAUGGCAACGUCGACAAAUGGAAGACACUCUGUUGAUUCAGCCGCCUAGUCCACCCAGACAGUCCAUGUACGCCUCUGCCGCUCGAUGUUGCGCCGGGCAGGGCACCUUUAUCAUGGGGACCGCCGAGUCCUUGACUGAAUGUGAGGGACAAUUCUGGUUUACCCUCAAGGUGAUGCUUGUCUUCCCGAACGAAACGGCACACUCGACGAAAACUCUGACAAUACACAGAUCCUAUGAAGACCUUGUCAAGUUUGACCGGUCUUUACAAUCACAUCUGAGGAUCACAUCGAAAAAUGAUGCCGAAGAGCUUCAGAUGCCCUGGUUAAUGGAGCAUGUCUCAGGGAACAUGGUUGACCAACAAUUUUGUUCUUAUCAGGUGGAUGAACUGACUGGCUACCUAUACCAGUUGUCUCGAGCAUCCGUCGAGAUCCGGAAGCUCAGAGAGGUUUACGACUUUCUAGGCCCGCGGCAGGGUGACUUGGAGCUGGAGGAAGAGAUGGGUGCGACAAUGGGUCAGGUAAACGAGGAUGCGAUCAUUCAGUAUCUAGAUGAAAUGGCGCUCUCGUCGGCCAAGAAUGACCUUAAUGAUAAUCUGGCCAAAUCGAGCCCGACCGCUUCGCAAUCAACCUUCGCCGAUCGAACCACUGUUUCAUCAGUAUACGAUAGCUUCAAUUUCCAUCGUCAUCACUCAGACCCGUCUUUAGAUUACAUACCAUCCAGUCCAUCAUCACACCCUUCAACAAAAUUGAAGGCCUGUACCUCUACUUCGCUCACCAAGACUCCGGUGAAAAGCUACUACAACUCGGACGGCCAAUUCACCAAGAUGAAAAUUUGUGAUCUUCAUUCGAACGAUGUCAUCGCCAUCAAGGUUCCGAGCACCGUUGGUUUGGAUGAGCUGACUGAGAAGAUUCAUAACCGGUUCAACGAGACGUCUUCAUCAACAGGAUGCAGCGCCGGCGACGAUUUCUUCGGCGAUCGCUCCGUGCAUUUGAAGUACCUCAACGGCAAUUUGCUCGAUCAGAGUUGCAUAGACUUCGACGAUUGCGAGUCUUUGCUUGAUGGGGGCGACGCUGUCCCGCCUCACUUGGGUCCAGGAACAUUUGUACGAAUCACAAAUGAUGCUCAAUUACGCAAAUGGAUCGACACCAAAAACAAGUUGGUGCUGUACAUCUAA